GCGGUUUAGCAUUACGCGCACUCGUGUACACAUGACAGAUCAGAGCAUCUAAGUGAUAUAGCUGAUCAGUGGCACCAGCACGCUCUUUGGGUCGCAGCCGAUUCCCUCUCUUUCGCUCUCAGUUCUUAAGGUAUAGGGGACAACCAACUUUCAACUGAAACUUGUCAGUAUUCACUGGCACCUCAAGAAGGAUAUACUUUUAUACGUUAUUUGAAAAAUCGAAGGAAAUACUAUAGUUACGAUGCCAGCUGAUACCAUGGAGAAACCUACGGCAUCCCCAAUUGCAGGUGCCCCUGCUUGUGGAACUCACACUCCGGACAAACCAAAAAAUGCCAGUGAGCACAGAAAGUCUUCCAAGCCAAUCAUGGAGAAGCGUCGGCGAGCAAGGAUUAACGAAAGUCUGGGGCAACUCAAAACUCUUAUACUGGAUGCACUCAAGAAAGACAGUUCCAGACACUCGAAGUUGGAGAAAGCUGAUAUUUUGGAGAUGACUGUAAAACACUUGCGGAAUUUGCAGCGCGUACAGAUGACUGCAGCAAUGACAGCCGACACGACGGUCCUGAGUAAAUAUCGGGCAGGAUUCAACGAGUGCAUGAACGAAGUGACUCGCUUCCUGUCCACCUGCGAAGGCGUGAAUACAGAGGUCAGGUCCCGGCUUCUUACCCACCUGUCUGGCUGCUUGGGACAGAUGAUCGCCAUGAACUACCCGCAACCAUCGCCGGCGCAACAGGCUCAGAUCGCGCAGCCCCUGCACGUGCAGUUGCCUUCCACGCUGCCCAUCAACGGCGUUCCAAUGCCUUGCAAGCUGAGUCCCGCCGAGGCGGUGUCGCCAAAAGUCUACGGGGGGUUCCAGCUUGUGCCUGCCACCGACGGACAGUUCGCCUUCCUCAUCCCCAAUCCGGCCUUCGCGUCUGCUACCACUCCCGUUAUCCCCCUCUACGCCAACACAAGUGUGCCAGUCGCCGUAAACGCAAGCCCUGUCCACACCAGCCCUGCACCCACAGUGGCUUCUCCAGUUCAGGGCAUGACUUCGUUCCCCAGCGUCUCCCAGGCCGUCAGCCCAAUGAGUGUCAGUGCUGGAUCGGACAGCAGCGAGUCAGUCUGGCGGCCUUGGUAGAUGUGGGGAAAACAUACAGACUUAAAACAACAUUUAACUUUUUUCAUUAAGAAGAAAAAGAACUAUAACGUUCCGUUUUAAGGAACAUUGUGUCUCUUCUGCUGGAA